CAUACGAGGUUACACUACAGCCGCUGAAAGCUAGCAUUCGCAGCUCCGCAAUACCACACCUGAGCACUAAUUCUGCUAAUCUGCAGCUACCCCAGCAACAAAACAGCUCAGCUCUACGCUCCGCACGUAUUUUAAUACGUCGCACCACGUUUAAUAACGUGACAUCAUACGCCCUUCCCAAAGUUCUUCUCCAAUCACAACAAACAAGACGAAACCUAAUACAUAACCUCAAACCAUCUUGGUCUGAUAGUCCCCGCCCGAUUUCUAAAUCUUAGUUUUAUUUCUCCAAUUCUCGACGUCACCCGCGAUUGUAUUUGAUAUUCGGGCGCCUUGAUCGACAACCUUCCCUCGGGACUCCACUUCACCAUUUACUUAGUAGUCGCUAAGACGUACAACAGACCGAAACAAACAAACAAACCAACAAAUAAACAAAAUGGCCGACCUUCAAAGGAACAAGGGCGUUGAGCAGCAGACUAAUGGGAGUAGCUCUAGCCAAACCCAAAUCGGUUUUCGUCCGCAGGCCAACAUGACCGUCGAGCGUCCCAGGCAGGAGGAUCUACAAGCAAGCUACGCGUCCAUCGUAGGAACAGAUGCGAACCCCAAGGGCUGGUACGGUAGCAUGAUCAAUGCUCUUGGUUCCUGUAUGGGUACUCUUGGAGCUGUCCCUUGCAUGAUAUGCUGCCCGAACCCUUACAAGCAAGUCCACCAAGGCAAUGUGGGACUGGUCACCAAGUUUGGAAAAUUCUACAAGGCCGUCGACCCCGGUCUAGUCAAGAUCAACCCUCUCAGCGAACGUCUUAUACAGGUCGACGUGAAGAUCCAGAUUGUUGAGGUUCCACGUCAAGUUUGCAUGACGAAGGACAACGUCACCGUUGAAUUGACGUCCGUCAUCUACUACCACAUCACCUCGCCACACAAGGCCGCCUUCGGUAUUGCCAAUGUGCGACAAGCUCUCAUCGAGCGUACCCAGACUACGCUACGUCACGUUGUCGGUGCGCGCGUCCUGCAAGAUGUCAUCGAACGCCGCGAGGAAAUUGCGCAGAGCAUCGGAGAAAUAAUUCUCGAUGUAGCGAGCGGGUGGGGUGUGCAGGUGGAAUCAAUGCUUAUCAAGGACAUUGUCUUCAGCCAGGAACUCCAAGGAUCACUGUCCAUGGCCGCACAGAGCAAGCGUAUUGGAGAAAGCAAGAUCAUUGCUGCCAAGGCCGAAGUCGAAAGCGCUAAAUUGAUGAGGCAAGCUGCCGAUAUCCUAUCCUCCGCACCUGCUAUGCAGAUCCGAUACCUUGAGGCGAUGCAAGCCAUGGCCAAGUCAGCGAACUCCAAGGUCAUUUUCUUACCUGCGAGUAACUCGCAAAUGACUGGUCUGGACAAUACUAUGAUGCAAGCGGCUCGGCAAUAUGAAGCCGGCGAGUCGAGUGAUCCUCACAGCAACAGCUCAGGCUUUGAUCAAGCGGUGAAUGCUCGUAUCGUCGAGAACAUCUAAGGGAGAUAUUUGCCCCUAAUUUCGAAGCAGUUGCAAUGAACAGAAACUAUUGUAUCGCUACUUGUAUUUUUACGAUUGGAAUUUGAUGAGGAACGUGGCCGUGAUAAAGAUUAUUAGGGGGCCUACGCGGCCAUGGACUAAACGCAACAAAAAAUACCCCGAAAAACGAAAAACGAAAUACAUGUUUCGGAUUGAUUGAAGUUCGAGGAGGGACAAAUGGAAAUCGCAGGGUUAAGAGGAGGGCGUCUAUUGAUACCCCUAU